CCGUAUGUUUAGUUUGGCGGGCGAUCGUUCCCGGCAAACUUCUGCGAGAGAUAGUGAAGAAGAAGAAUGAGUAUUCAUUCGCCCCCUUUCUCCCGCCGUACUCCCUGCUUCCUCUUCUUCAUCUUCCUCGUCUUCAACGUCGGAGCAGGACGCGACGGCGGCUCGAUUGUGCAGAUCAAGAUACCAGGGAAGUCUCUCCGGUUCGCUAACUCGUCGGCGUUCAAGAUCGCGCUCUUCGCCGAUCUCCACUUCGGAGAGAAUGCCUGGACGGAUUGGGGCCCUCUUCAGGAUAUCAACUCUCAGGCCGUCAUGUCGACCGUUCUCGAUCGGGAAAAGCCUGAUUUUGUGAUUUAUCUGGGAGAUGUCAUCACCGCUAACAAUAUACCAAUCCAAAAUGCAAGCCAGUAUUGGGAUCAAGCUAUUGCACCGACCAGAGAGAGGGGGAUACCUUGGGCUUCAGUGUUUGGUAACCAUGACGACAUGCCGUUCGUGUGGCCUUCAGAAUGGUUCUCAGGCGAGGGAAUCCCUGAAAUUCGAUGCUCACCGUCAAAUGCAACCCUCACUUAUGAAAGUACUUGUUACUUCAAAGGCACAACAAGAAAGGAGCUCUUGGAGAAAGAGAUGCAGAAUGAUUUAUCUGUUACCUUAGAAGGGCCAUCCUUUCUGUGGCCAGGUGUGUCAAAUUAUGUGUUGCAGAUCUCGUCAUCCAAGGAUGAAGAGGAGCCAAUUGCUUAUCUAUAUUUCCUGGAUUCUGGUGGGGGCUCUUACCCUGAGGUGAUUUCUGCUGCACAGUCAAGAUGGUUCCAGCAGGAGUCUGAGCGGCUCAACCCUGACGGAAGGGUGCCAGAAAUAAUCUUUUGGCAUAUACCAAGUACAGCUUUCAAGUCUGUUUCUCCUUGGUUUGGAAUACAUAAACCCUGUGUUGGAUCUAUCAACAAAGAGAAGGUCGCACCUCAAGAAGCCGAAUGGGGCAUGAUGGACGUGCUAACAGCAAGAAAAUCGGCCAAGGCAGUGUUUGUUGGUCACAACCAUGGGUUGGACUGGUGCUGUCCCUACAAGAGUCUGUGGCUGUGUUUUGCUCGUCAUACUGGUUAUGGUGGAUAUGGUAAUUGGGCAAGAGGAGCUAGGAUUCUUGAAUUGCGUGAAGAUCCAUUUUCUCUCAAGUCCUGGAUAAGAAUGGAAGAUGGUGCGGUACAUAGUAGAGUUACCUUAGCCCCUUGAUUUCACGAAAGUUGCCUCUUACGAGGACUACUAAUAAAAAAUAGUUAUGUAUGUAAGAAUUUAGAAAACUUUCAUCAUGCGCAUUUGUAGUCUUCUAAUUUGUGGCCUUAAAGAGUCACCUCUCUCUCUCUCUCCCUCUUCCUCUGUUUCUCAAGUCCUGUAUAAGAAUGGAAGAUGAGGUUGUGCAUAGUAAAGUUACCUUAGCCCCUUGAUUUCACGAAAGUUGCUAUAAAAACUACUGGAUGAAAAAUAUUUUUGUGU